GUCUGAUGAUAGACUUGCUCCUCUGGAUUUUCAGUAUCCUCCAGGCAAAAGACACGUGGGCUUGGUGCCAUUCUACUUUCCGAGUCGAAAAACAGAAUGGGACAGGCGCUGUGGCGGCGCAUUCUUGGGUAACUUCUAUGAAGCUGGCUACCGGGCCAUUAGGGUCAAGAUCGAUGGCCGGAUCCGGUGGUUCAGCAACGCUGAGAGCGCUUUUCAGGCUACAAAAUUCAAGGAUCAAGCCUGGCGCUUCGAGCAGCUCAGUGGCGAAGAAGCGUUUCAACUGAAACGCCGGCUGCGAGGUUCUGAGGAUUGGGACUAUGGCGGUCACGGAAGCAAUUGGAACGCAAUGUGGCAGGUGCUGCAGUCAAAGUUCUGGCCAGGCACAAAGUGGGCUAGCAAGCUGCUCGAGACUGACGAUGCUUUCCUUCUGGAGCACAAUGAGGCAAAGGGCCGAGACGAGGUGUGGUCAGAUGACUGUGACGGAGAGGGCCACAACUGGCUUGGACUUCAGCUCAUGAUCCUCAGGGAGAACCUCAAGAAGCGAUGUGGCCGACAUAGCGCGACAUGGGGCUGGCUCUGCAAAGAUCCGCUAAAUGGGCGCCGGCCACAUGCGAACAACGAGUGGAAGCAAACGGUCAGAAGGGCUGCCACCAGAGCUUGCCAAUGCUUCUGCCACGUCCGCGCAGGCCAAGGGCCACCGCAACACUGUCCAUCACCGCGACACUUACCAGCUGUGACUGGGUCUGCUGUCCAGGACAGGGCUGUUCCCACACCAAAGCGCAAGGGCGAGAUCCAGGGUUCACAAAUCGAGCUGCAACCGCGCAGUUGCAAAGAGACAUCGCCAGUGACGGCAUGCGCAUCCCCAAACAAAGCAGCGGCAAGCAGCAGCUAUCUCUUCUUCGAUUACGAAGAACUCGAGAACUCGUACGACAUGCUGUUGCAGAAGCAGACGGCGGUUUCCACUACAGGUGAGGUCAUGACGGUUGUGAGUUUUCUGGACUGCGUGAAGAGGAUGCCUGCUUGGCCGGCCUUGAUGAUGUUGGUCUUGCUUCUGGCGCAUAGGGGAAGAAUGGCGGUGUUGGUGGCGUAUGUCGACACCGCAGCAGUCCCAGCCUAUGUCGCUUCUGUUUGGCCUCCCUCGUGCAGUUCUCAGGUGGAGCAGGAAGCCGUGGCAAUUGACGCUGAGGGAACCAAACAAUCUGUACGUGCGUUCACGAUCGACAUAUUGACCAUGUCAGUCACUACAGACAUGGACAUAUAUGUCUACGUGUUCGACAUCAAGAAGCUCGGCCAACAGGCCUUCGGGGAAGCAUCCCAAGGGCGAUUGCGCACCUUGCUAGAGGGAGUUCUGCUAUCCGACUACACCCUCGACCUGCAGGUGGCCUCCGUUCUUGCCAUGCGCCGGCAAGGACUUCCACACAAUCGACUGCCAAGCCUGGAAGCGGGCCUUGCUCACAGCAACGUACUUACCGCAAGCGAGCUCGUCAAGUUCAAGGAGACCAAGCAGAGCAUUCGUGGCCGCUUUGCUGCCGAGUUCCAGAGCAUUUGGCGAGCCCGUCCGCUGACUGAAGAGCUCCUGGCAUACUGCACCCACUGGUGGCCAUGGUGUGCCGAAACUACGGUGUGUGUGGGGCCAGCAGGUUACUUGUGA